AUGUCGUCUCCUGCAUCCACCCCGAGUCGCCGCGGUAGCCGGCGCACCCGGUCCACGCCCACACCCACUCGUCAAAGUGAGGAUGUCAGGUCCCCACCCUCCCAGAGACGGAGAGGCGAGGACUCCACUUCGGGAGAGCUUCAGCCCUUACCCACCUCACCUGGUCUGGGCCUGCAGAGCCCUGCCGCGCAGGAUGGCAUGUUCUCCAGCCCGCAGCAGAUGCCUCCUUCAAUUCUUCCUCUUGACUUUGACAUUAGUUCUCCGCUGACAUAUGGUACACCCAGCUCUCGGGUGGAAGGAACUCCACGGAGUGGUGCCCGGGGCACUCCCAUGAGACAGCGACCUGACCUUGGAUCUGCUCGCAAGGGCCGCCAAGUAGACUUGCAGUCUGAUGGUCCAGCAGCAGAAGAUGUAAUGGCAAGUGAGCCAUCUCUAGGCCAAAAACUUGUGAUUUGGGGAACAGAUGUAAAUGUGGCAACAUGCAAAGAAAAUUUUCAGAGAUUUCUUCAGCGUUUUAUUGACCCUCUGGCUAAAGAAGACGACAAUAUUGGCAUGGAUAUUAAUGAGCCUCUGUACAUGCAAAGGCUCGCAGAGAUUAAUGUUAUUGGGGAGCCAUUUUUAAAUGUAAACUGUGAACACAUAAAAUCAUUUGACAAAACGUUAUAUAGGCAACUUCUCUGCUACCCUCAGGAAGUUAUCCCAACUUUUGACAUGGCUGUCAAUGAGAUCUUCUUUGAUCGUUACCCUGACUCAAUAUUAGAACAUCAGAUUCAAGUAAGACCAUUCAAUGCACUGAAGACUAAGAAUAUGAGAAAUCUUAAUCCAGAAGACAUUGAUCAGCUCAUCACCAUAAGUGGCAUGGUGAUCAGAACCUCCCAGUUGAUUCCAGAGAUGCAGGAGGCCUUCUUCCAGUGCCAGGUGUGCUCACAUACAGCCCAUGUCGAGAUCGAUCGGGGCCGCAUCGCUGAGCCCAGCGUGUGUGACCACUGCCACACAACCCAUAGCAUGGUGCUAGUCCACAACCGCUCCACCUUCUCUGACAAGCAGAUGAUCAAACUGCAGGAGUCUCCUGAGGACAUGCCAGCAGGCCAAACACCUCACACGGUCAUUCUCUUUGCUCACAAUGAUCUUGUUGACAAAGUCCAGCCUGGUGACAGAGUGAAUAUCACAGGCAUUUACAGAGCUGUUCCCAUCCGAGUCAAUCCAAGAGUGAGUAAUGUGAAGUCUGUCUACAAAACACACAUCGAUGUAAUCCACUAUCGUAAAACAGACGCAAAACGUCUGCAUGGCCUCGAUGAAGAGGCAGAACAGAAACUUUUUUCAGAAAAACGAGUGGAAUUGCUUAAAGAACUUUCCAGAAAACCAGACAUUUAUGAGAGACUUGCUUUAGCCUUGGCACCAAGCAUUUAUGAACAUGAAGAUAUAAAGAAGGGAAUUUUGCUUCAGCUCUUUGGGGGGACCAGGAAGGAUUUCAGUCACACAGGAAGGGGCAAAUUUCGUGCUGAGAUCAACAUCCUCCUCUGUGGCGACCCUGGGACCAGUAAGUCCCAGCUGCUGCAGUAUGUCUACAACCUGGUGCCCCGGGGCCAGUACACGUCUGGGAAAGGCUCCAGCGCUGUGGGUCUCACGGCUUAUGUGAUGAAGGACCCAGAGACAAGGCAGCUGGUCCUGCAGACAGGUGCACUGGUCCUCAGUGACAAUGGCAUCUGCUGUAUCGAUGAGUUUGACAAGAUGAAUGAAAGUACAAGAUCAGUGCUGCACGAAGUGAUGGAGCAACAGACGCUAUCCAUUGCAAAGGCAGGGAUCAUUUGUCAGCUCAACGCACGAACUUCUAUCCUAGCAGCAGCCAAUCCUAUUGAGUCUCAAUGGAAUGCCCAAAAAACCACCAUUGAAAAUAUCCAACUCCCUCAUACAUUGUUGUCAAGGUUUGAUUUGAUCUUCCUCAUGCUGGAUCCGCAGGACGAAGCCUAUGACCGGCGCCUGGCUCACCACUUGGUGGCACUGUACUACCGGAGCGAGGAGCAGGCAGAGGAGGAGUUCAUGGACAUGGCAGUGCUGCGAGACUACAUUGCAUAUGCACACAGCAUGGUCACACCACGGCUGAGCGAGGAAGCAGGCCAGGCCCUCAUCGAGGCUUAUGUAGACAUGAGAAAAAUUGGUAGUAGCCGAGGAAUGGUUUCCGCGUACCCUCGGCAGCUGGAAUCACUAAUUCGCUUGGCAGAAGCCCAUGCUAAAGUGCGAUUUUCAAACAAAGUCGAAGCAAUUGAUGUUGAAGAAGCAAAGCGCCUUCACCGGGAGGCCCUGAAGCAGUCUGCCACUGACCCCCGGACAGGCAUUGUGGACAUAUCUAUUCUUACCACAGGAAUGAGUGCCACAUCUCGUAAACGGAAAGAAGAAUUAGCUGAAGCUUUGAAGAAACUUAUUUUGUCUAAGGGCAAAACACCAGCGCUAAAAUACCAGCAACUAUUUGAAGAUAUUCGGGGACAGUCUGACAUAGCAAUCACCAAAGAAAUGUUUGAAGAAGCCCUGCAUGCCUUGGCUGAUGACGACUUCUUGACAGUGACUGGAAAAACAGUCCGUUUGCUCUGA